GGCGAGGGGCGAGGGGCGAGGGCUGUGCCCCGUGCCCGGCGUGUCCUUCAGGAGGCUGUGCUGUGGGCGUCCCCGACGUGCUGCCUGGAGAAGAGAAACGGGCAGCUGGUGCCGGCUUGGGGCUUUAUUUUCAGAGCAGACCGACGUACCUCUCUGUAAGGAGUAAGGCUACGUUGGGCUAUUGGAACGGUAGGCGCUCUCAAAGUCUCGCCUUUCUGCAGAAUUAACUGGUUUUUGGUCAUGUGCUUGGUGGAAUUAGAAAAGUUUCCCACAGCAUGCUAGGCAACAUACAGGACAGGAAAGAAACAGCCCCAUCAACAGAACAGGCAGCAAACUGACCAGCUGAGGAGAAGAUUCUGCUGCGAAGUACCUGGAUGGGCCCUGACGCGAUUCAGCUGUGUACCCCAGCAGUAAGAAAGUCUCCUCCAGACUAAACAGCCCCAGUUCCUGCAGCCUUUCCUCAUAAGGAAGAUGCUCCAGUCCCCUGAUCAUGUUGGUGGCCCUGUGCUGGACUCUCUCCAGAAAUUCUCUGUCCCUCCCUUGACCUGCUGGCCACGCUCUUCUUGAUGCACCCCUGGCUGUCACUGGCUGCCUUGGCCACGAGGGCACAUUGGAAUUCAUUUUAUCAAAGACGGGAAUGUAACGUUUCCGAGUGUAUGAAAUAAAACCCGUCAAUCCCUCACUGCUGUCGGAGGGGACGAUCACCCCGAGCCCGUAGCGCACACGGCCAUUUCCGGUGGCCGUGGGGCGGAGGGGCCGCGGAACAGCCCCGCUCCUCUCGCAUCGCCUGCGGGCGGCUGACCCAAAGCUGACGUCAGGCAGCCAAUCGCCGCGCCGCAACCCGGGAAGGGGGCGGAGCCGUGUGGCUGGCGCGCUCCCUCGUGUGCGGUGUGUGCGUCCGCGCCGCCGCCGCCAUGGAUUACCGGGCGCUGGCCAUGAGCCAGGCCGUGCCCGGGCAGUUUGACGACGCGGAGGGCUCCGACGGUGAGUUUACUCAAGACGCAGAAAGGGCUAAAGAAGGUGAGAUCACUGAGAGCUGCCAGUGGUCCGUGUGCAAAGAAGUUAACGCUGAGGAAGGAGAGGGUGAUGAUGACAGUGAAGGAGGAGAGGAAGAUGAAGACUGGGACUGGGAUGAUGAGGUGGGAAGACUCACAAAGCGCAAUAACGCUGCUGGUGGAUGUAAUUCACAGGCAAAUAGACAGCCCCCUACUUGCUAUUCAGCAAAAAUGUCUACCCCUACAGACAAGGCUUUAAGGAAAUUUGAACAUAAAAUUAAUUUAGAUAAGCUAAAUUUUGAUGAUUCUGUUAUAAACAGAGUCACAGAAAAGUCGAGGCAGAAGGAAGCAGACAUGUACCGAGUCAAAGACAAGUCAGACAGAGCAACAGUAGAGCAGGUGUUGGAUCCGAGGACCCGAAUGAUUCUGUUCAAGAUGCUGACUAGAGGUAUCAUAUCAGAAAUCAAUGGCUGCAUCAGCACAGGAAAAGAAGCUAAUGUAUAUCAUGCCAGCACUGGGAAUGGAGAGAACAGAGCAAUAAAGAUUUACAAAACCUCCAUUCUGAUGUUUAAAGAUCGAGAUAAGUAUGUGAGUGGUGAAUUCAGAUUUCGUCAUGGAUACUGCAAAGGCAACCCAAGAAAAAUGGUGAAGACGUGGGCUGAAAAAGAAAUGAGAAAUUUAAUAAGGUUGAAUACAGCCCGGAUACCUUGCCCAGAGCCAAUUAUGCUAAGAAGUCAUGUGCUUCUCAUGGGCUUCAUUGGUAAAGGUGAUAGGCCUGCUCCUCUCCUGAAGAAUGCUCAGUUGUCUGACUCCAAAGUCCGGGAGCUGUACCUGCAAAUCAUCCAGUACAUGAGAAGAAUGUACCAAGAUGCCAGACUUGUUCAUGCAGAUCUCAGUGAAUUCAACAUGCUGUACCACGGUGGGGCCGUGUACAUCAUCGACGUGUCGCAGGCGGUGGAGCACGACCACCCACACGCGCUGGAGUUCCUGCGGAAGGACUGUGCCAACGUCAACGACUUUUUCCAGAAGCACAAUGUUGCAGUGAUGACUGUGAGGGAGCUCUUUGAGUUUAUUACUGAUCCUUCUAUCACAAGCGAGAACAUUGAUGCCUAUUUGUCUAAGGCAAUGGAAAUAGCAUCAGAAAGAACAGGAGAGGAAAGAUCCAGUCAAGAUAAAGUUGAUGAGGAAGUGUUCAAGAAAGCUUACAUACCUCGGACACUGACUGAAGUUAAAAACUAUGAGAGAGAUGUGGAUAUAAUGAUGAAACUGAAAGAAGAGGAUAUGGCAUUGAAUGUUCAGCAAGACAAUAUUCUCUACCAGACUGUGACAGGACUGAAGAAGGAUUUGUCUGGUGUUCAGAAGAUUCCUGCACUUCUUGAAAAGAAUGUAGAUGAGUCAGAAACGGACUCUGAUGAUGAUGGUGACGGUGAUGAUGGUGACGGUGAUGGCGGCUCAGAGGACUCUGGUUCGAGCUGUAAAGAAUCUGUACAUCCCAAAGAUAAACCUGCUGAACUUAGCAUGGACAAAAAGGAAAGGAAAAAGAUGGUCAAAGAAGCCCAAAGAGAAAAGAGAAAAAACAAAAUCCCAAAGCACGUGAAGAAACGGAAAGAAAAGACUGCAAAAAUGAAGAAAGGCAAAUAAAAUGGGCCUUGACUUGGGGAAAGGGAUGGUUUGUUGUGGAUUAUUUAGUCAUUAUCUUUUUCUAAAAUUAAAAAUCCUUUAUUUAUAUACAUAA